AUGGUUGGACUGCACGAAAAUUAUAACAGAUAUAAAUAUGUCAUAAAUAGACAUUUUGUUUAUUAUAAUAUAAUUUUUUCAUAUUCGAUCUUUGUUAUUAUUAUUAUAUAUAUGAAGUUUUUGAUUAAAAUUUCAGAGCUUUUUGGGUCAUUGUAUUUUGAAAUAGCUAUUUUGAAUUUAGUUUCUCCUAAUUUAUUUUUUUAUAUUUUCAUAUUUGAAGAUUAUUAUUCUAUGUGGUGGAAAAGAUAA